CCUUCUUUAACAUCAGGAUGCUCCCCUAUCACUCGGCACUCUUGGCAGUGCUGUCACUCACAGUGACCAGUGUAUCGACGAAGACCACUCAGCGGCCAAAGUACCAAUACACCAAGAAGCCUAUGCCUUACCGCGAGCAGCCCCAGAUUACCAUGCUGCCCCUAACCCCCAUCAUCCCUAAGACACUGAAAUCAGUGGAGAAAUCAGAUCCCAUGGACCCCUACCCUCUGGCUACCACAGAGACCACAACCUACCCCAGCGAUGCCUACCAGGAUUACUAUUCUGAAACCACAGGGCCCCCUGGUGUUGGGCAUGAUAAUUACACCAUGGAUUAUAACGAGUGCUACUUCAAUUUUUGUGAGUGCUGUCCACCAGAGAGGGGCCCUCGAGGGCCAAAAGGGGACAGAGGACUACCAGGUUCACCUGGAGAAGAGGGGGAGCGAGGACCCAGAGGCUUUUCUGGACUGGCUGGUUCAAAUGGAACUAUGGGGCCAAAAGGAGACAGAGGAGUUAAAGGUGACCUAGGAUACCGUGGAAUGGCAGGAACUCCAGGUAACCCAGGGAAACCAGGAGAGAGAGGUGGAUUUGGCUUCAAAGGUGAAAAAGGUGACAGCGGGCCCCCUGGUGUCAAAGGUAACCAGGGGGAGAAGGGUGAAAGCCAAAAUGGGACUAAGGGUGAGAGAGGGGAACCUGGAAUGGAAGGCCCAACAGGACCCCCAGGGCUGGCUGGAGUGCAAGACCAGAAGGGGGACAAGGGGGACAAAGGAGAGUGUGGGACAUUUGGAGAGAGAGGACUGAAGGGCGAUAGAGGGGACCCUGGGCCUCCAGGUAUUCAGGGACAGGUGGGUCUUCCUGGGGUGGAUGGCAUGCAGGGCUCCCCUGGUGUGGCGGGCGACCAGGGGGAUCUAGGACCCCCAGGGGCUCAAGGUGAGCCAGGGGUGCGAGGGCUGCCUGGACCCCAGGGAGGGAGGGGGAUGUUUGGGCCAAAGGGUGACAGAGGCCCCCCCGGGAUGAGAGGGGACAGGGGCCCUCGGGGGAUUAGAGGGGCGAAGGGUAACGGGGUGAUUCAGAAACGCUCAGCUUUCAGUGUGGGCCUCUCUCCCAGCAAGUCCUUCCCUCCAUCGGGCUUCCCCGUCCGCUUCGACAAGGUCUUCUAUAACGGAGAGAACCACUACAACUCCUCCUCCAACAGCUUCACCUGUGCCCACGGGGGGGUCUACGUGUUCUCCUACCACAUAACCGUGCGGAACAAGCCCCUGCGCGCCGCCCUGGUAGUCAAUGGGGUGAGGAAGGUGCGGACGCGGGACUCUCUCUAUGGCCAGGACAUCGACCAAGCGUCCAGCCUGGUGCUGUUGCAGCUGGCGGUGGGGGACCAGGUAUGGCUGGAGACACUGAGGGACUGGAACGGUGUCUAUGCCAGUAGUGAGGACGACAGCACGUUCUCUGGCUUUCUGCUCUACGCUGACAAGCCCUGACAAACGAUCUGAUAUCUAAUACAAUCUACACUGUAACUCUACUGUACCUCCACAGGACCUAAACAAUCUCUACUGGCAGUCCUCCAUACCACCCAUACAGUACCCCACAGACCAGCCCCUCUGUACUCCUGCUCUACACAGACAAGUUAUGACAAUGGAGCCCACUAUACCACCACAGUACCAGGGACUGUAAAACACCUCUAUAUGAGUUGGCAGCACUCACCCCAUCUCUCUUCAUACUCCCUCUAUAGACCCAUCAACAUACAGGCAUCUUUACAAGACUGUCAAUCUGGUAGAAUGAAAAAAGUAAGACUGAUAGCACUGGAAUAGUUCAUGUUUAUUACUUGAGGAAUACUAAUCACACAAUGUUUCCCAGGUUAGGUUAAGGAAUCAGUACAUCGUAUCGCUGUAUU